CGGAGUUGGAUGUUGGUUGGCUUCGCCACCGAUCAUUUCUUAAGCGCUAAGAAUCAAUAUUCGGUUUUCUUCCUCCUAUAAAACCCUAGUCAUCGUCCUCCAAAUCUCCAACAAAAUUACAGCGAAACCCAAUCAUUACCUUCAAUUUUCAGUUCCAACCAACGAGAAAGAAAAGUAUUCGGUUAUGGCCCAGGAAGAUUUGAGCGUGCAGGUGCAGCAACAGAUGACUGCGGAGGAGGAACAGAGGCUCAAGUACCUCCAAUUUGUUCAAGUGGCUGCAGCUUAUGCCGAGGUUUGCUUCACAAACCUUUACGGUUAUGGCAAGGAAAGGUCAGGGCCCUUGAAGCCUGGCGUUGAGUCCGUGGAGGGAACAGUGAAGACCGUUGUUGGACCUGUCUACAACAAGUACCAUGAUAUCCCUGCUCACCUCCUCACCUUUGUGGAUCGCAAGGUUGAUUUGUCUGUUACCAAGCUGGACAGCCGUGUGCCACCAGUGGUUAAGCAGGCCUCAUCCAAAGCUCUGUCCGCCGCUCAAAAGGCCCCAGAGGCAGCACGAGUGGUUGCCUCUGAGCUUAAGCGUGCCGGGGUUGUAGACACAGCCUCGAGCUGUGCUAAGUCUGUCUACUCUAUGUGCGAACCCACGGCCAAAGACUUGUAUGCUAAGUACGAACCAAAAGCCGAGCAGUGUGCUGUUUCUGCAUGGCGAAAGGUGAAUCAAGUCCUCCCAAAGGCGGUUGAUGUUGUUGUACCAACCGCAGCAUAUUGUUCCGAAAAGUACAACCAGACCGUGCAGAGCACUGCGGAGAAGGGCUACCGGGUCUCCUCCUACCUGCCCUUGGUUCCCACAGAGAAAAUCGCCAUGGUUUUCGCAGAGAAAGCGCCCGAAGCAGAGCCUUUGGUUGCAAGCCACGGUGAAGCUGAUGUUGCCAUUCAUUGAUGGAUUUUCAGGGUUGAUUAUGUUCUACCCUUCGGGUUUGUGAUUUUAUGUAAGAAUUUGGGCCAUCCUUUAGGCAUGGUUUUUUACUCUCUGUCAAAUAUUGAAUAUGUAUUACAUGUUUACUAAUUAGAAAAUACAUUAUUUUUUGUAUAAGA